GGUCCCGCUCCGUCUGCCUCCACGUCGAUAUCAUUCUGUGAACAGGUCCCCUACCGCGCUAUGGUCUCCCUCUCCCUCAUUCCCUUUCUCCUACUCCUAUCUUCCCGCCAAACCCUAGGACAGGGUUGGUCAGGAGAAGUCCUUAACAGUCUUCAGCCCUUUGGACAUGUUGAGGCCCCGCUCGACUUCUAUGAUGUGGAGGACUUGAUGAAAGAGGUCGGCAGGGCGGCUGUUCGGAAACCAGGAGAUGGACAGCCGUUGUCGUUGUACCUGCCGGUGUUCGCCGACGCCGCGUCCCCCUGCGGCGUCGCGGUGGCAGCCAUGGCCUCUGUUCUCGAGGGAAACGCCUCCCGCAAGGAGGACAUGGUCGGCGUCCUGCAGAUGGUGGAUUCGUGGACCAAAGUGCGCGACGGUUUCCUGUACGGCCUCCCCUUCCUGCUGGGCGUCGGCUCCUACGACGAGUGCCUCCACGCGCAGGCCCCCGACCUCGACAUUAAGGGAAAAUACUGCUCUAUCGUCUAUGUAGAUAACCCGAUUUACAACGGCACCCGGACGGAAAUCGACGAUAUGCUGCGUGUCGCUCAGACCUCCGCUAACGUCAAUAUCGGAUUAUUCACACAAUACGGCACCUGCAUACCCGACGCCUGCUCAGGGGAAGACAUGGUGCAAAGCCUAAAUAUUGCUGUCGAGGGACGAAAACUGGCGAGCGCCUUUUGUCAGACUUUGGACGAGCCGCCUCCAGACUUCACUGCGGGUGAUAUCGCGAUGAUAAGUUUCCUGAGCGUGAUGCUUGCUCUCAUGGCGGCCGGCACUGUCGCUGACCUGUACCUCAAGGCCACCUCGAAGGCACCUGCAACUGCUGCCCGGUUCCUGCUCCCGUUCUCGGCGUACACCAACCUGGAGAAAAUGUUCCACGUGGCGACCGAGACUCGUCCGGGGGUCAUCUCCUGCCUGAACGGAAUGAGAGUGUUGUCUAUGACCUGGGUAAUCUAUGGCCACCAGUAUAUCUUCGAUAUUUACUUCGCUGUUAACACGCUACACUUAAAAAAGUGGACAAGCGGACUGCUCUUUCAAGUCAUCUUCAAUGCCACGGUGAGCACGGACUCCUUCUUCUUCCUGUCGGGGCUCCUGGUGAGCUACGGCGUCCUGAAGGAGAUCAAGAGGACGGGGAAACUCAACCUGAUUAUGUAUUACGUCCACAGACUCAUCAGGUUAACGCCCCCCAUCGCCCUCGUUGUGCUGUUCAUGGCGACACUCUUCAGGUAUCUCCCUCGGGGCCCCCUUGCUUAUAUGGCAGAUUCAUUUUCGUCGAUGUGCGCCGAGAACUGGUGGAUGGACGUCCUGUACGUCGACAAUUACCUUGGCUUCGAUAAAGCAACCAAUCAGACACUUGACUGCCUCGGCCAGUGCUGGUACACCGCCGUGGACACCCAACUGUACCUUGUGGCUCCCCUCGUGCUCCUGCCUCUCGCCCUCUAUCCUGCCAAAGGGAAGAUUCUGCUGUUCGUGGUAACUCUGGUGUCUUUUAUAGUCCCAGCAGCUGUUAUCUACGCCUACGACCUUCCUCCGGCGGCGAUAUCGGCCGGUGCUGAUGAAGUCGAUACCUUUGGUUAUCAAAGUAUGGUGUACUUUACUCCGUGGUGCCGCAUGAGUGCCUACAUCGUGGGGAUCUGGACUGGCCACAUCAUCUUUGAACAGGGAUCAAAGAAACUUAAACUGACACCUCUGCAGGUAUUAACUGGCUGGACGAUAGCCGCGUUCUCGGCUCUGUCUGUGUUGCUUGGCGUAUGGAGUUACAACCAGUUGGAAACCACCUAUUACUACGACCCCAUAACCCAGGUCCUGUACGGCGGCCUCCACAGGGGCGUCUGGUGCGCCGCCCUGGCCUGGGUCGUGGUGGCUUGUCACUUCGGCUAUGGAGGUAUAGUCAACGACUUUCUCUCUCACCCUUCGUGGCAACCGCUCUCCCGCCUUACGUACAGUAUGUACCUUGUGGCUAUCCCUGUGCAGAUCUUCCUGGUUUACAAUCUUAAAGAACUUCCCUUCAUUACACAUAUAGACAAGAUCAUCCAGACUUGCGGCACAAUCUUCAUAUCAAUCAUUACGGCUGUGCUGGUCUCGCUUACAGCAGAGGCUCCAGUCUUGGGCCUCGAGAAGCUGAUAUUCAAGCGGCCAGGCCGAGGCGAAGACAAACCGCAGGCCAGUGCUCUCGCCAAUGGAAAACAAGGCCACGAAAACCUCGCUUUCUCCGACGAAGGUCCCGUUGAGCUCGAAAGAAAAGAAAUGGUCGAGAUAGAAACGGCGCCGAACGGUGACGUUGAGUCGUCUCUGCCUCGAGACUCCGAAACAAAGGAAACGACCCUUUUCAUGAAACCAGACCACAAGCAGGAAUUGAAGAGGCUUGAUGUCAUGUGUCAAUCUGCUAAUACAGCAUAUUACCUUCCAAGUUCUAGUCUUACUGUCAUGUUAUGUGGUGCUUUCUACAGACCCCAUGCGCCAGAGGAACUUCAAGAAGGAAUCAUGGAUAAACCUGAGCAGCCUCAUAAAGAUGCUGCAAGCCCACUUACUUUGCAAGGAGCAGAAUACGUGGAACUGAGACAAACAGCUGUCGAUUUUUUAAAAAUGAAUUGUGACAAUGAUGCAUCAACAUCUGAUUUACAACAGUAUUUAGUCAUAUUUCUUCUGCAGGAGAAGCCCCUGCCUAAUGUCAAGAAGCUCGACUGUAGUGAGGAACCAACAGCGGGUGAAGCAAUACAGUUGGAUAAGGGCAUUGAUGAAGAGGUCACUGAUAGCAAGAUUCUUGCUGAUAGUGUCUCUGAGCCCGGUGAUACCGGGCAACCGUGGUCGCUGUACCUGCCUGUGUUCGCCGACGCCGCGUCCCCCUGCGGCGUCGCCCUCGCCGCCAUGGCCGCCUCCCUCGAGGGCAACGCGUCGCUCGGAGUCCUGCAAAUGGUGGACUCGUGGGGGAAGCUCCCCGACGGAUUCCUCUAUGGCAAUCCUUAUUUCGUGGGAGUCGGCGUCUACGAAGAGUGCAUCCACGCCCAGUCUCCUGACCUCGGCAUCAAGGGCAAAUUCUGUUCGGUCGUCCUCGCGAUUAAUAAUACCAUCGCUCAGAACCAAAGACAUUUCGAAGCAGGACCUCGCCUCAUUCAAGGCUUUGCUAACACGUACAUGGGCUUUUCUGUUCAGUAUUCUACAUGCAUCCCGACGCCUGCUCUGAGAGGACUUGGCGUUCCAGCAGAAACGUGUGACACAAAUAUGCAUUUCAGAGAGAAAAGCGUGCAUAAAGCUCUCGAUGGCAUUAAAAAAGUGACUGUCACGUGCCAGACGCUGGACGAAACACCGCAGUUUACCGGGGCAGAUAUCGCUGUCAUAAGUUUCCUAAGCAUCAUGUUGGCACUGCUGGUGAUUGGCACUGCCGUUGACGUAUUCUGCCGUUUCGCCGAAUGGUCUGCCACUGCCAUAGGCGUCCGGUUCCUGCUUCCCUUCUCCGUGUACACCAACUUAGAGAAAAUGUUUCACAUAACAACGGAGUCUCGACCCGGUAUGAUCACCUGUCUCACCGGAAUGAGAGUCUUGUCGAUGAGCUGGGUAAUCCUUGGGCAUCAAUAUUUGUUCGAUAUUAUAGUCUCUUACAACUACUUCCACAUAAAAAAGUGGACAAGCGGGCUGCUCUUUCAAAUCAUCUUCAACGCCACGGUGAGCACGGACUCCUUCUUAUUCCUGUCGGGGCUCCUGGUGAGCUACGGCGUCCUGAAGGAGAUCAAGAGGACGGGGAAACUCAACAUAAUCAUGUACAUCAUCCACAGACUUAUCAGAUUGACGCCGCCGAUUGCUGUCGUCACGCUCUUCCUAGCGACGGUCGGCCGUUUCCUCCCAUCGGGCCCCCUGGCGCAUUCCGUGAAUUCGUUGUACAGUGUGUGCUCUGACAAUUGGUGGAUGGAUGUCCUUUACGUCAGUAAUUUCCUCGCCUUCAACGCAACCACUGAUAUUGUAACAGAUUGUCUCGGCCAGUGCUGGUACACCGCCGUGGACACCCAGCUGUACCUUGUGGCUCCCCUCGUGCUGCUGCCUCUCGCCCUCUAUCCCUCCAAAGGGAAGAUUCUGCUGUUCGUGGUAACCCUGGUGUCCUUCAUAGUCCCAGCAGCUGUUAUCUACGCCUACGACCUUCCUCCGGGGUCGAUCAUGGGCGGUGCCGAAAACGUCGAUAGCUCAGCCUAUGUGAUGCAGGUGUACUACACGCCCUGGUGCCGCAUGAGCGCCUACAUCGUGGGCAUCUGGACUGGCUACAUCAUCUUCAGUCAGGGAUCAAAGAAACUCGACUUGUCACCUUUGCAGGUGAUGACAGGCUGGACGGUGGCCACGUUCUCGGCUCUGGCGGUGUUGCUCGGCGCGUGGAGUUACAACCAGAUAGCAGCCGCCUAUUACUAUGACCCGAUAACCCAGGUUCUGUACGGCGGUCUCCACAGGGGUGUCUGGUGCGCCGCCCUGGCCUGGGUCGUGGUGGCUUGUCACUUCGGUUAUGGAGGAUUGGUGAAUGCCUUUCUCUCCCACCCUUCGUGGCAGCCUCUCUCCCGUCUCACAUACUGCAUGUUCCUCGUCGCCCUUCCUACUCAGGCCAUUCUGAUUUACAACAUCAAGGAUCUUGUCUAUUUCACCCAUGUGAAUAAGAUUAUCCAGACCUGCGGCACCGUCUUUAUUUCGAUUAUCCUGGCGGUGUUGCUCUCGCUCACGGCAGAGGUACCCAUCUUGGGUCUCGAGAAAAUGAUAUUUAAACGACCAGGUCGAGGGGAUGGCAACCCGAAAACUGUAACUACUCCGGGUGAAAAGCAAGGUCAGGAUAACCUCGCUUUCGCAGGAGAAAUGGGCGAGAGAAGCGACCUCACUCAAAAGGGAGGCGGAUUCGAGGCGGAGGUGCGGCAAAAUGGGGACAUCGAGUCAUCUCAAGCGCCAUACUCGGAGAAAGAACAAACGACUAUCCUUUAGUUUUUGUAAAAGAGAGAGAGAAUACUAUUACUCAGUACGAUACGUUCUUCUGCUCAGUUUCUUUUGUACGUAAUAUAUAUUCACAAACGCUUCAGCUCCUGUGAUAGGUAAACACAAUUGGACAUGUGAUAGUGUUUCAAUUGGCGUUUCCUUUGUUCUUCAUAAGCCGAAAAAAAAAAAAAAAAAU